AUGGAUAGUAAGCUUCAAGAUAGGAGCAGAACUACUCAAAAAGAAUCUGAAGAUCCUAGGGGCCAAUAUCAGCAUAUCCCUCCUAAUACAAAAACCAAAGAUCAUUUAGUGCAACCAUUGCUUUCAAUAACACAAUAUGACCCUACAAAUGCCUUCUUCGCCUAUAAGAAAGAGAAAGGAAAUCAAAAUCAGAACGCUAGACAAUCUGGAAGAUAUACCUCGAAAACAGAAACUUUAUUUGUGUAA